AUGUCGAACCUGGGAACAAGCAAGGAGCUUCCAAAAAACGAGGUCUCGAAGGAUACAAGUACCAAAGACUUGCCUCCUUCACAAGAAAUAUUCGCAACUCCGACAAAUGAGCAUUUCUUGACGAAAUAUUCUUAUCAUGAUCUCAAUUAUCUCGAGCACGAGAUCAGAUUGGUCCACGUAUUCAAGAAACCUGGAAGUGAUUUGAUCCACGGCAAUCUUCUCCCACCACAGAAGCUCGCCGACAUUAGCGGCAAAUAUCACACAAUAUCCUACUGCGCAGGUAGCGCCAAAAACACCAGACCUAUGAUCUUACAAGGACUCGAGUUCAAUGUCUUUGCCAAUCUAGGCUGUGCUCUUCAAGAGACCCUGGCAUAUUGGAGCACUACCAAGUAUUCUGAGGACGACUGCAUUCUUUGGAUUGACCAGAUAUGCAUCAAUCAGCACAAGUAUGUCAAAGGUUGGAAUGCCUUUUACGAUCUACUUGAAUGUCCAUGGUGGAGCCGGGCUUGGAUUCGUCAGGAGUUUGCUUGUUCCCAAACUGCAGUCUUCUUAUAUCACAAGGAAGCCCGCAAAUUUUCCGAGUUGUCGUGGCUCCAAGCCAUCUGCCAUUCAGAUCUAGUCACCAACCCCCAUCACCCCGAGAAGCUUUUUCCCGAACUUUCACCAUCGAGAAGCGAGCUCAAGAAAGAAAUGAAAACUCUCACCAACCGACACUAUCGCACUCUGGAGACUUGUCAUGUUGCUCGGUUCUUACUUCUUCAAAAGACAUUGUUGGGAAAUGGUCCGAUAGAGUGCAAUAUGGAUUUUAAGAAGUUGGUCCUGGAUGCUCGUCAUUCCAAGGCCACUGACCCCCGAGAUAAGAUCUUUUCCCUCCUGGGACUUGCUCACCCGGGAUACAACAUCACGCCCAAUUAUUCCAAGUCUAAUACUCUCUCACACGUACUGAUUGAUACUGCAGUCAAGGUAAUUCUUUUCGAGGGAGAUCUCAGCAUACUUUUACACGCGCUUCAACUUGCCAAGGCACCCUCAUGCCAAUUACCAUCAUGGGUGCCUGAUUGGACUUCCUCGACUGUUUCAACACUCUCUGUUUUUGAACACUCGGAGAACUUUCCACUCGCUAGUAUCACCACUCAGAUCAGACGAGAUGCCAUUGGUUCCAUCAGAUUUGGUAGGAGUACUGAUGGCGGCCAGAACACUGUUCUACUUGUAAAGGCGCUGCGCCUCAGUAUCUUGGAAACAUUCUGCAAGGAGCUCCCGAGUUUUGGGGGCAAACGCUUCAUCUUAGAAGGUGGGGGUCGCCUCCAAUGCCGGAAUGAAGCUGAACUGGGUGAUGAAAUCUGGCUGCUCAUGGGCACAUCCUGUCCUUAUGUACUCCGUUCUACUGAGAAAGGAUACAAACUCAUCAGUGAGGUCGUUGCGAUAGAUGGCCAAAGUCCCCAGUCGCCCUUUGAAAGGGAACGACACAGGAUGCGGACAGGGUUUGAGGUGUUGGAGGAAAUUUCAAUAAUUUAG